CAGGAGAAGAGAGAGAAGGACGGAUGCUAAGCCAGGCCAGGAGCGGGAAACCCUAUCUCCUGUAUGCUUGACCAGCCGUUGUUGUUUUUUUUUAAAUAUAUAAAUGUAUUUAUAUUUUUUCCCUCAUCAACAUUUUAUUACUCGACUCCUGCCUAUUUAAGGGCCUGUUUCCGAGAUACGUCCUGAUGUGGUGCUGCGCCUCAUCACGAUUCCUCAAGGAUGUGCAAAGCGGCUGUUAUCACGUCGACGUUAUUUUCCACGAAAUGAGAGGAUGUAAUUGAGCGAUAUCGGAGCAUAUGAUCACAGCGACGAAUAGCAACUGGGCUUGAUCAAUUUUAUAAAUCGACGGAGGGAACCAGAGUAGCUUGGGUCUGUCUGUCAAAUUGCGUCUUUUUUCUUUCUUUUUUUUUCUUUUAAUGGUCGUAUUUUUUCUCUCUUCAUCUGUUGGAGCUAUAAGGCCUAUAGCCCGCAUCAUCUCUGGGCAUGAAACCCGUGGGAAUUAUGAUACCAACGUGACGCACAGUCACACAGCACAGCGGGGAAGACAUCAAGCCUCGACAGCUAUACGGAGGGAGGGUGUGAAGUCUAGCCCAGGCUAUAUGGUGUGAGUGCACAGCCUAUAGUGUCCAUAGCGUAUAUGACGGACGCCCAGUUGUUGUUGUUGGAUAUACCGUCUAAUGACUGCCUUGCCGUAGUAUCGCCCGGGCACGGACGGCAUCUUCCCUAUUGAAUAUUUUAUUUCAUGCAUCGGGCAGAGGAGAGUGGGAGAAAGGGAGGAGAGUAGCCUACUGUGGGUGAGCGUCGGGAGGGCGCGGACGCGGAGAGACGGGAUGCGGGAGACGCAGUGAACGGGGAGGAGGAGGGAAACCGGAGGAUUGACGGCUGUCCUAACACGGCUGGUGGUGUUACAUCCUAACUCUUCCUGCCCAGCAUGGCUGUGUCACUGUGGUUCCUGGGGGUGUGUGCGCUCACCCUAGCUCACGUUGCCCCCUCUGGCCAAGCUAUGUCAAGGGCAGCCAUGCCGUUUGGGCUCCUGCGCAGGGAGCUGGCGUGCGAGGGCUACCCCAUCGAGCUGCGCUGCCCAGGCAGUGACGUGGUGAUGGUGGAGACGGCCAACUAUGGACGCACCGAUGACAAGAUCUGUGACGCAGACCCCUUCCAGAUGGAGAACACACAGUGUUACCUCCCCGAUGCUCUAAAGAUCAUGGCCCAGAGGUGUAACAACAGGACUCAGUGUGUGGUGGUAGCAGGGGUGGAUGUCUUCCCGGACCCCUGUCCCGGAACAUACAAAUACCUGGAGAUCCAGUAUGAGUGUGUCCCUUACAAAGUGGACCAAAAAGUUUUCGUGUGUCCCGGCUCCCUGCUCAGCAUCCAGCCAGCCUCGUCUCUCCUGGAGGCAGAACAUCAGUCAGGGGCGUGGUGUAAGGACCCGCUGCAAGCUGGUGAUCGGCUCUAUGUCAUGCCAUGGACACCCUAUAGGACAGAGGUGCUGUACGAGUACGCCUCAUGGGACGACUACCGCCAGAACAGGGUCACCACCACCUACAAGUUGCCCAGCCGUGUGGACGGUACAGGCUUUGUGGUGUAUGAUGGAGCCGUGUUUUACAACAAGGAGCGAACGCGCAAUCUGGUCAAGUAUGACCUGCGGACACGCAUCAAGAGCGGUGAGGCAGUGGUGGUCAAUGCUAACUACCACGACACGUCGCCGUACCGCUGGGGAGGGAAGUCAGACAUCGAUCUGGCAGUGGACGAGAACGGCCUCUGGGUCAUCUACUCCACUGAGGCCAAUAACGGACGCAUAGUGGUCAGCCAGGUGAACCCGUACACCCUGCGCUUCGAGGGCACGUGGGCCACGGGCUUUGAUAAACGCGGGGCGAGCAACGCCUUCAUGGCGUGCGGUGUGCUCUACGCCGUGCGCUCUGUCUUCCAGGACGAUGAGGGGCAGGCUGACGGCCGGGUGGGCGGCGACAUGGUGGUGUACGCCUACGACACCAGCCGUGGUCAGGAGCUGCCGGUUCAAAUCCCAUUCCCCAACCCUUACCAGUACAUCUCCUCCAUAGACUACAACCCCAGAGACAACCAGCUGUACGUGUGGAAUAAUUACUACGUCCUGAGAUACCCGCUGCAGUUCACACCACCCCCACCCACUAAAGGUCCCCUGUCCUCCCUGAUGACCACGGUCCGCUCCUACACGGCCACUGUGGCUCUGACCCCCGUGCGGCCUUCAGCAUCUCACCCCAUUGGCGUGAUCAACCGAGGGCCUUUUGACCAGCGCCCCAUCACAGCCAUGGUCCCUUUAACCCCCCGGCCUCCUCUGCGUGUUCCCUUGGCUCCUGGGGGCCCAGGCCAGGUGGGCGGGUGUGAGGGCCGGGUGGCGAGAGGGGUGCAGUGGCCUCCCACCUUGAAGGGAGAGACAGUGGAGAGGCCCUGUCCUAAAGGGUCACUGGGUAUAGCCUCCUAUCAGUGCAUGUUGUCUCCAGUGGGAUGGAGCUCCAGAGGGCCUGACCUUUCCAACUGCACCUCACCCUGGGUCAGCCAGAUUGCACAGAAGAUUAAGAGUGGGGAGAACGCAGCCAACAUUGCCGGGGAGCUGGUCAACCUGACCCGGGGGCGGGUCUAUGCCGGUGAUGUCAGCAUGUCUGUCAAGCUUAUUGAGCAGCUAUUGGACAUCCUGGACUCUCAGCUCCAGGCCUUGAGACCGGCCAAUAAAGAAUCAGCGGCACGCAAUUAUAACAAGCUGCAAAAGAGGGAACGCACAUGUAGAGCUUAUGUUCAGGCGGUCGUUCAGACAGUCGAUAACCUGCUGGGUCCUGAGGCUCUGGUUUCCUGGGCUGACAUGAGCAAUGCCGACCAGUCACGCUCUGCAUCGCUGCUAUUAGAUGCAAUAGAGAAAGGAGCAUUUCUGUUGGCAAACAAUCUCUACGAGGGCCGUUUCAGUGACAGGGCGCCUAAUGUUGAUCUAGAGGUGUAUGUCCUGAACACAGAGGCAGACAUACAGGACCUGACGUUCCCUCACUCCUACGACAGCGACAGCAUUCUACAGAUCUCAGCAAUGGCUCUCCAGCAGUACAGCAACAAUGGCCAGGUGAAGCUGGUCCUGUCUCUCUAUAAGAACCUGGGCUCCUUCCUCACCACGCAGAACUCGACUCUGCGGCUGGGACUGGGCCUGGGGCUGGGCCAGGGGUCAGAGGUCAGGGGUAGGAGCUUGGUAGUCAACUCCCAUGUCAUCUCUGCCUCCGUCCACAGAGGUGCCAACAGAGUCUACCUCUCUGAGCCCGUGAUCUUCACUCUCAGACACCUGCAGCUCGAGAACCACUUUGGCCCCAACUGUUCUUUCUGGAAUGCAUCAGGAUCCUCUGGGAGUGGCAGGUGGUCCACACAGGGCUGUCGACUGAUACACACGAACAAAACACACACUACCUGUGCCUGCAACCACCUGUCCAGCUAUGCUGUCCUCAUGACAUACCAGCAACCUGCAUCGGGGGUCGGUGUGGAGGAGCUGCUGGUCUAUGUCGUCUCCUGGGUCGGCAUCUCAGUAGCCCUUGUGUGUUUGGCCACCUGCCUUACCACCCUGUGCUGCCAGGGGGCACCGUGGCACACGGACCACAGCAGCAUCCACUGCAACCUGUGGGCCAACCUGCUCGUAACUGAGCUGCUGUUCCUCGUUGGUGCCAACAAGACCCAAUUCACAGUGGCGUGCUCCAUCAUCGCUGGCCUGUUACACUUCUCCCUGCUCUCUGUGUUUUGCUGGCUGUGUCUGGAGGGAGUGGAGCUGUACCUGCUGCAGCGCGAGGUGUUUGAAGGACGCAACUCCAGGAGGAAGUAUUUCUACCUGUGCGGCUACUCUAUUCCUGGGCUGGUAGUGGCUGUGUCGGCAGCCAUAGACUUCAGAGGCUACGGUUCAAACACUGCAUGCUGGCUACGGACAGACAAUUACUUUGUCUGGAGUUUCCUAGGACCUGUGGCUGUCAUAAUAACGCUGAACUUAGCCGUCUUGGUGAUGACCCUGCAUAAGAUGCACAGCUCCGCUGCCCUGAAGCCAGACUCCAGUCGUCAUGACAACCUUAGGGCGUGGGCAGUGGGCUCCCUCACCCUCCUCUUCCUCCAGAGUGUGACUUGGUCCUCAGGCCUCGUCUUCCUCUCUGCCCCGUCUCUUCUGCUGGCCUACCUCUUCUCCUCCCUCAACACAGCCCAAGGCCUGCUCAUCACCAUACUGCACUGCACCCUCGCCAGGAAGGGCCAGAAGGACUAUGGCCGAUGUCUGCGUCUCUCCCAGUGCUGUGGAUCCUCCUCCACCAGCUCUCCUGACUCAGUGAAGGGCGCCGCCCUGCGCUCCAACAGCCGCUACAGCAGCAGUCAGGGUCGAAGAGCCACUGCUAACAGACAGAGCCGCAUUAGGAGGAUGUGGAAUGACACUGUUCGCAGACAGACUGAAUCAUCCUUCAUUGCGGCAGAUGUUAACAACACUCCUACGCUUAACCGCGCUGCUCUGGGGAACCAUUUCCUGACUAAUCCAGUGUUGCAGACCCAUCCUGGAGCGUCUCCUUAUGACACUCUGCUCGCCCAGGGAUACAACCAACCCUUCACUUCCACAGGAACCUUCAGAAACAAGCAGAAGGUUGGUGUGUCUCAGAGCCAGGAGUCCUGCGGGCUGGACAGUGUGUGUCUCAACGGAGGCUACACCCCCAACACCUUCACCUUGCAUGGCCUGGCAGCUGGACCGGGGUCCCGAGCCGGGGUGGUUGGCAGCUCAGACCUUCUGAGAGAAGGGGGAGUCGGGAUGGGAGGGAAUGAUGUCUCCCCGGCUCUUCUCACUCCCCACGGCACCGCAGAGUUGUCCAGUGGUCCCGGAAUGCGCAGGAACUUGUCUGAUGCAGCGGCACUGGAGAAAAUGAUCAUUUCUGAGCUAGUGCAGAGCAACUUGAGGCCCUCGGUUCCCAUGCCUGUUCCCCCCGAGCGCUAUGGCAGCCUAGCGAGGCCUCACCACCAUGACAGGCCAACUCACACUCACACUGCCACACUGAGUCGACACUCACAGCACCCUCAGGAGGGCUGGGCUUCCACCAUGCAAACACACACGCGUCCCAACACACAAGAGGGCUGGACACACACACGGCACCAAUCACAAGACCCUGACACACAGGCCACAACACGCGGACAGGACCAUGCCACUACGCCACGUUUGCAGGACGGCUGGACACACACCCGUGUUCCCGGGGACACUGAACCUCGUGAGCAGCUUAAGGAUGCGGACAAGGCGCAGCUGCAAGGCACUCUGGGUCGUCGUGGGCUCCAGGACAGGCAGCAAGCACGUCCCCCCGAUGUUCAGGCCCGGCCCUACUCCACCCUCAGCCGCACCCCUGGCACACUGUCCCGCCACCGCAGUACGGUGGAGUCAAGCGGAGGGACAGAGAGAGACAGAGAGAGGGACAGAGAGAGGGACAGGGAACGUUACCGGGACAGGCCCCUACCCCCUCCUCCUCCCCCUCCCCCGCAGGAGUCUGAGCCGCUGUACAAGGCUCUGGAAGAACCACUGCUGAUGAAGCAGAGGGAGGCAAGCAUGGAAGGAUGGAGAGGAGGCCAGGACAGAGAGAAGGAAGAGACAUUUCUCUUAAAAAGAGAUGGGAUGAUGGAGGAAUGGAGAGGAGGUGCUGCUGAGAGAGAGAGGGACGAGUCAUUUCUCUCCCAGAAGAGAGACGGAGAGAUGGAAGAAUGGAGAGGUGGCAUAGACCGAGGGAGGGAGGAGAAGAGAGACGGAAGGAUGGAGGUAUGGCGGGGAGGAGCGGAGACAGAGCAGGAGGAGACGUUCAUAACUCAGAAGAAAGAUUUUGGGAUCGACGGAUGGAGAGGUGGGAUGGAGAGAGAGAAAGAAGAAUCAUUGUUUUUAAAGGACAGGGACGGAUGGAGAGGGGGGAUCGAGCGAGAGGGUGACAAUGCAAAACAGAAGGACAGGGCACUGGACGUGUGGAGAGGGGGAAUGGAUAUGGACAGGGAGGAUUCCUUCCUAUUUGAGAGCAAAGAUGGAGGGCUAGAUGGAUGGAAACGAGGGAAAGAAAGAGGGCCUCUUUGCUACCACGGUGACCCGGAUGAUUCUGACAGCUUUGCCCUGCCUUUGACCCCCGAUCUUGACCUCGACCCUGACUCCUCACCCAUCUAUGCCAGAGAUUCCAACCCCUCUCCUCUCUACCCAGGAGACCGCCAUUCGCCGCCGCUCAGUAUCUUCCCCCGAAGCUCUCCCCCGACAAAUAUCUUUGCUCCACGUGACUCUAACUCCCCACCCAACAACCUCUACUCCCGCCACUCUCCCCAGGUGUACAGCCGCAGCGGUUCUCCUCCUCGCUUCUACACCCGCACUUCCCCUCCAACUCUCUCCUACCCUGACAGCAGCCCCGAAGGUCUUGAAGAGGUGAGUCCGACUGGCCAGCCCCAGCGGCCUGCCCUGGAACUGCCCUACAGCCUGGGCCGGCCGCCUCUGGGCCCGCGGCCCAAUCACUUGCAGACCUUCUACCAGCCGCCACCGCUGGCAGCCAACGGGGAGGCGGUGUACACAGCAGAGCCCACCUCCGAGGGAGAUGAUGGACAGAUGCAGCGGGUGACGAGCCUGUGACUAGGGCGGUGGUGAUCGGGGCAUAGAAAACAGGGAGGAGGAAGAUGGAGAUAAUGGUAAAUAAUGAUGAGGAAGGUGAUGAAAAUAGUAAUGAUGAUCACAGUGAUAAAGAGUAUAAAGAUAAUGGUGAUGAUGAUGAUGGUGAUGGUGAUGAUGGUAAUGAUGAUGAUGGUGACAAUGAUGAUGAUGGCUCCUUCCUGCUUCUAUCUCCCGAUCACCACGAGACGUCCCCCUUUUCAUGUUUUGUUACUUUUCUAUGACUGUGAUCCAUUUAUAACUCUCCGCUCGGCUCUCUGCUCCUCUAUCUCGCCCCUCUUUCCUAAAUCCUACUGUGUCUUCCUGUCUCAUCAGUGCUUUAUCCUUACUGGCCCAUUGUCUCAAGUUUCUAUUGGCUCAUCGGCUGGGUGUUGCCCCUCCCUGUAGCAAGCAAACAGUGUGUCAAAGAAGCACUUGUGUGUUGCCAAAAAAUCCUUUCAAAGAACAUGUGCAUGACUUUAUAGUGGCUUUACAAGGCUACAUACUGUAGGAGGAACGUGCUGAAGUGUGUGUGCGUGUGCGCGCGUGUGGAUGUGUGAGCAUGCGUGUGUGAGUGUGUGUGUGUGCGCGCGUGUGUGCGCACGAGUGCGUGUGUGUAUAUACAUCAUUCUUGUAUAAUUAACGUAUCACAGUGGAGUAUUUUAUCAAUAUCAACGGACGGGGGGCCCUUACACACCCCUCUCUUGCUGAUUUUGAACUCUCGACCAAUCCCAUUUCACAUCAAGACCAAAACCUCUGACCCCUGCCACUGACUUUUGGUGAUGGAACAUGUUGCCUUGGUGUUUGCCAUAGCAACAGAACUCUGAGCUCCAGAACCAAUCAUGUAAACCUCAGAACUUUUCUGCGAUCCUGAGAUCCUUGUACAUAUCAACCCUGAAGUGUUCUGAUUGUCUUGUAUUGCUAUUGAAGUUCAAGUAAACGUGAAACAAACGU